CUGAAUUAGUCCAAUCGAUGAAGCGGAACUACAUUUCCGAGCACCUGCGGAAUUAUUUCCGAGCCGUACCGGAAACCCUCAGGGUGACAUUCCACAGCAGAGCACAGGCAUGAAGUCAUGGGAUUGCUGCUAAAUUGAAGCAUAUUUCCACAUUGGAGUUUUUUUCGGUAACGUUAGCCUCGUGAGUGAAAUAAUACAAGAAUGGCGGCGUGGACCUGCCGAUUUCUUCUCUACAGAGGAGCACGUGUGCUAGCGGGACGAACCGGAGCGGUAGCAGCAGCCGACAGCUGUCUCUUCCAGAGUGUUCGGACAGUGAAGACCACAACAUGGUGGGAGGAGCAUCUGACAGAGGAUAAUAAAUCAUAUAUGAGGAAGAGUCUGGGAGAGGAGUAUAAUCGACAGAUAGCUGCUAAGCUCCACCCACUGAAGGAUGAGCCCUGGCCCAGACAAGAAUGGACAAAGGAGAGUCGGCGAGUAGGGCUGGUUGCAGUGAAGUUGGGCAUGGCCCCAGUCUGGACCAAAACAGGAGAGAGACACGUGGUGACCAUGCUGCAGGUGCAGGAUUGCCAUGUGUUGAAUUACCUGUCUAAAGAGGAGUACGAUGGACACACUGCUGCCCUAAUGGUGGGAGGGAAGAACGCAUCGCCCUUCUACAAGUCAGAUGAAGAGAUGGAGAUGUUUAGGUUGGCUGGAGUUCCUCCUAAACAGAAAGUCACCACCUUUAAAGUCUCUGACAAUGCUAUCAUCAAACCAGGCACUCCUCUCUAUGCAGCACACUUCCGUCCAGGACAAUAUGUAGAUGUCACAGCCAAAACUAUUGGUAAGGGUUUUCAGGGGGUGAUGAAGCGGUAUGGGUUUAAAGGCCAGCCAGCGUCUCAUGGCCAGACCAAAACACACCGCAGACCUGGAGCCUCGGGACCUGGAGGAGAUCCAGCCAAAGUCUUCAAAGGGAAAAAGAUGCCAGGCAUGAUGGGAAAUGUGUUUGACACUGCCCACGGCCUAAAGGUAUGGAGAGUUAACACCAGGUAUAAUGUUAUCUAUGUUCAUGGCUCCGUUCCUGGCCACAAGAACUGCUUACUAAAGGUGAGGGACACUAACCUACCGACUUAUGUGGAGAAGAACAUCAACCCUCCGUUUCCAACGUUUUUCUGUGAGGAGGACGAACAGCUGCCUGAAGACCUGUACGAUGAAGACCUGUUCAUACACACACAGCCCUCACUCACACUCUAACAAACACACAGAGCCCUAACUCUUACACACAGACAUACACACAAUCUCAUAUCAAUUGUAUGGUGACCAACUGUGACAUGUAGGGUUAGCGGUGAAAUAUUUAAAUGUUUUCUAGCCACACCCCUCUGUAGUUAUGAUGUCAUUGUGUCUGGGACAUUAAACAUCCUUUCCUGGAAAUA